AAUUGAGCAGCGUCCGCGUGUUGAAUGGUAUAGCGUCAGCUCGUGAAGAACAUAUUUUCAACUUACCAGAGAGGAAGGACGCAAUUCAGCAUGACUCAGGGUUUCUGCACAAUAUGCCGCGAUUCAAGGUUAUACAUGAUGCCGAAGGACAAGCUCAUCACCGCGUCGUUGCCGAGAC